GGGGUCAACGAAGACGAUCCACCAACAGCAACACCAACACCAACACCAAUACGACCAACGGACCAACACCAAGUCACCAAGUAGUCUCACCGCCAUCCGGUUCAGUUAUUUUUAACUUAACAACAUUUCAUAAGAUCAGCUGAUUGCUGCCAGUCAUCAAAGCCACAAAAGGAACUUGUUUUAAUGAUUAAUAAUGGAGUCUUGUAAAGAAGGAAAAGACAAUUUUGAAUAUGAAUCAACUAAAAAAAAUAAAAAAAGUUGGUCAGAAUUACGGGGUGUUGUGAGUGAAUUUAGAAGAAAAUUAUCUGGAGUAUCGGAUGGUUCAGUACCAGAUCAUAUUACAUUUAGAUCACUUCCAGAUGGACGAACGAGAAUAUAUUUUUUGGGUACACCGAGCAAUGGAUGGGAAACAACUCUUUUAUUUGUUGAUAUUGGACAAUAUGAACAAUUUAAUGGUUGUAAAUUACACUGGCAACCCGUUAUUGAAGCUAAUUUUCAGAGUGUUUCAAGUGCUAAUAGACUUUCAAGAGAGGAACAAUUGCUUUGGGAGAGAAAAAGACUGACAACUUGGGGAAUAACUAGUUAUGAAAUUCAUUUAGAAAGUGGAAAAUUAGUAUUUCCAGCAGCAAGUAGUCUUUAUCAAUGUAUUGAUAGUGGUUUUUUACCUGGACCAUUAUUUCCAUCAGAAUUACGAAUUUCAGCACCAGGUGCAAAACUUUGUCCUCAAAUAUGCCCUUGGAAUAGUUCAUUGGUUGCUCAUACUUGUUCUGGUGAUUUAUAUUUAUCUCACAGUAUAACUGGUUGUUCAGUUCGAUUAACUUAUGCAAGAAAAGGUGGUAAAAAUUUAAGUGAAGAUCCAUUAACUGUUGGUACACCAUCAUAUGUUAUGCAAGAAGAAUUUACACGUUAUAUUGGUUAUUGGUGGCAGCCAAAAUCAAUAGAUGGUAUCUAUAGAAUUGUUUAUGAAGAAGUUGAUGAAAGUGAUGUUAAAAUAUUUUGUUUUCCAUCAUCAACAUUAAAUUCUGGUGAAGUUGAUGAAUUUAGAUUUCCACGUGCUGGUUCAUCAAAUGCUAAAAGUAAUUUAAAAAUGUUACAAUUUCGUUUAACGGAUACACAACAAAUUGUUGAUAUUGAAACACUUGAAUUGCAAUAUCCGCUUCAUAUAAUGUUUCCAUGGUUUGAAUAUUUAGUACGUGUUGGUUGGACACCUGAUGCUAAAAAUAUAUGGAUACAAUUAUUAGAUAGAAAACAACAACGUCUUGAAUUAGUUUUAUUGUCAAUUGAUAAUUUUUGUGAACCACCACCAAAUGUUUAUAAUUCUGAUAAUAAUUUUACACCAUCAUCAGCAAGUGUACAAGUUAUUUAUUCCGAAUCAAGUUCAAUAUGGAUAAAUGUAAAUGAUUUAUUAUAUUUUUUGCCAUCAGAUGAUCCUACGGAAAUUAAAUUUUUAUGGGCAAGCGAAGAAUCAAAAUAUAUGCAUUUAUAUUUAAUAACAUCAAGUAUAUCUGGUUUAACAAAUGGAAUAAAAGAACCAUUAGAUCGUUUAGAUACUGUUUAUUUUCAACCUCGAGUUAUUUCUAAAAUAGCAUUAACUCAAGGUGAUUGGCCAGUAUUGGGUAAAAAAAUAUGGGUUGAUACUGUUAAUUCAAUUGUUUAUUUUGUUGGUUUAAAAGAAGGACCAUUGGAACAACAUGCAUAUGCAGUAUCUCUAAGACGUCCAUUGGAAAUAAGAUUACUUACAAGACCUGGUUACAGUUAUAAUAACAUAUAUUUCAAUAAAGAAUGUACAAUGAUGGUUACUGUUUAUAGUUCUAUUAAAACAUUACCUACUUGUCAGGUAUUUAGAAUAUCAUUAACAGAUUGGACUGUUGAAAGUAUAAAUCUUACACCUGUUGGUUAUUUAUUAGAACCAACAAAUUCUGAAAUUGAUUUAUUGGCACCAAUUAUUCAUGCUCAUAAAAUAUUAUCUGGUGAUACUAUUUAUUCAAUGGUAUUUAAACCUCACAAUUUUAAACCUGGUGUUAAAUAUCCAACAAUUCUUCAAGUUUAUGGUGGACCUGAAGUUCAAUUAGUCUCAAAUACAUUCAAAGGUAUGCGUCAUUUGAGAAUGCAUAUGCUGGCAUCUCAAGGAUACUGUGUUGUUCUGAUAGACAAUCGUGGAUCUCAUUAUCGUGGUCUUAUGUUUGAAAGUCAUUUAAAGCGACGAAUGGGAACUGUAGAAUUGAGUGAUCAAGUUGAAGUACUAAAUUUGUUGUCUGAAAAACUUGGAUAUUUGGAUUUAAAUCGUGUUGCUCUUCAUGGAUGGUCUUACGGUGGAUAUUUAAGUUUAAUGGGGUUAAUUCAAUAUCCAGAAGUAUUUAAGUUGGCUAUUGCUGGAGCACCAGUUACUUGUUGGAACCUAUACGACACAGGCUACACUGAACGAUACAUGGAUCAUCCGGAUAAUAAUUAUCACGGUUAUAUUAACAGUUCAGUACUGACUUAUGUUAAUAAAUUUCCCGACCAAGAAAAUCGUUUGUUGAUAAUUCACGGGUUGAUUGAUGAAAAUGUACAUUUUUUUCAUACAAGUGAAUUAAUUAACGCUUUAGUUAAAACAGGUAAACCAUAUCAAUUACAAGUUUAUCCAACAGAGAGGCAUAGUUUGAGAAGCUUAGACGCGACGAGGCAUUAUGAGACAACACUACUGUCUUUUUUACAAAAUCAUUUGUAAAUUUCGAUAAAAUUAAUCAAUUUAAAAAAAAAAAAAAAAAAAAAAAAAAAAAAAAAAAAAACAAUAAAAA